AUGGAUGAAGAUGAGCUUAGAUUUGUUUGCAAGCUGUGCAAUAAGAAGUAUCCUUGCGGGAAGUCAUUGGGAGGCCAUAUGAGGUCUCAUGUAGUGUCUGUUAAUGGCAAUGCCAAUGUUAAUGGAAAUGCAGCUACUGGUUCGGAGUUGAAUUUCGGCUCCGGCGGCGCCGUGGCGAAGCAGGGGAAGCUAGCUGAGCUGGCCGGGUACGGAUUGCGGGAGAAUCCGCGGAGGUCGUGGAGGGCGGCAGCCGAUUCAAACGACGAACGAUCGUGUAAGCAAUGCGGGAAGGCGUUCCAUUCGAUGAAGGCGCUUUGCGGACACAUGGCUAGCCACACCGAGCGGGACAGGGGAGCCGGUUCGUCGAAGGACGAUCAGUUAUGGACGGGCGAGAAUCUGAGGGCGGUUACGGAGAGCUGUUCGGAGAGUGAGGCCGAGGAGGAGAGGGUGGCGACGAGGAGGAGUCAACGGUGCAAGAAGGUCAUCGACGAGUCGUCGCCGUUGAAUGGAUCGUCGUCGGUGGUUUCUGAGGUCGACGAGCAGGAUCAAGAGGACGUCGCGAUGUGCUUGAUGAUGUUGUCGAUGGAUAGCAACAACGGGAACAAGUUCACCCGAGUUAACUUGCUCACUGAGUCUUCCGACAACAAUUCCGUCGUCGUCGAGACAAAAUCAUCUUCCACCCUUCCCGACGAGAAUCCUCCGACGACGCUGAAAAUCGAGCGGACGGAGGACUCCGAUUCUGCGUAUUUCUUGGAAGAAUGUUCGAAAGAGGACGAGUCGGACGUGUCGUUCGAUAAAUGCAAGAAGCCGAUCAAUUUAAAACUGAUCACAAGUUUUCGAGCUCCCUCCGGGAAAGAGAAAGGUUAUUACUACGACGAGGAUGAUAUGACGUCAAUCUUUGCAGGGAUCGAGUCGAGAAAGAGGAAGUACGUUUCCAAGAACCGGCCCGAGCCCAACCCAGUAAAAAAGACCCGAUACGAGUGCUUUAACUGCAAGAAAACGUUCAAGUCGUAUCAAGCUCUAGGCGGGCAUCGCCCGUGCCAUAAAAAGGCGAAUGCGUUCUACGACGAAAGCGACGAGAAUAGUUUAGACGAGUCCGCCGAAUACCAAGCCGCAAAUAACGGGAAGGUUAGCGACCCGACGGGCAAGGCUCCGUCGAGCAAGUCGAAGAACGGAAAAGCGCACGUUUGCCCGUUUUGCAAUCGAACUUUCAAGAACGGACAAGCGCUUGGGGGUCACAAGAGAUCGCAUUUCGUCGGCGCCAAUGCCGAGAGGAAUAAUCGGAGUUUGCGAGGCAAACCCGACGCCCCCGAUUUGCUCGAUCUCAAUCUCCCAGCUCCCGAGGAGGAGUGAGAGAGAGAUCGAGAAGGAGUGAGACAGAAAUAGAGGGUUGGAUUUGGUAAGUAUACUUUUGAUUUUUGUUGAACAAAAUUCUAUUCUUGACUUUGAAAUUCAAGAAGAUGGUGAGAUUUUUGAACCUAAAAAGUUUCGAUUCAGUUGAGAGAUCAUAAGAAAAUAGUUUUUUUGUUAGGGGUUUCUUUCAUAUCACAUAGAAAAAUAUUUUGAGUUAGUUUUUUUAACCCAUUUUUGGGAAUGAUUGAGUGGUCGUUAUGUUUUAAUUAUAUUUACUUUAAUUGAUUGGCUAAUAUUUGU